AUGUCUUCAUCGACAUCUCAAAGCUCCCGCCUAUAUGUUUCACCUCAUUCAAGUCAAAAAAUUUGUGACCAUGGGAAGGAAGUGGACGUGUUUACGUCAAUGACUCAAGGAAAUCUGGCGAGGAGGUUCAAUCGGUGUAGCCGAAGGAAAGGCCCUGAGGACUGCGGUCAUUUUGGAUGGAUCGAUCCAAGUCUUCCAUUAUUUCAGAAAGGUUGCUUUGUGAACUUAAUGGGUCAGAAAAAGAGUUUAGAAGAAAAAUUAAGGUGCAAAGAGGUUAUGGAAAAUCUGAGAUAG